UGAGUGAGUUGGAGAACCUAAACAGAAGAGAGAAAAUGCUGCAGCAAGACGGAGACCCACUCCCACUGACUGAGCCUGCACUGCCCUCUCUUCUUCCUCUCCGCGUUGGUCGUGCUUGCCCCUUCUCAACCAGCGGCUCCGCUCCAUCCACGCCCCUGCUGCUGCUGCUGCUGCACCAACGUCGGCUGCUCUUCUUCCAUCUCCCCGUUGAAAGCCUGUUGCUGCUUCAUGGCUUCACCUGCCUGCUAAAUAAAGGUGGAUCUAAAGCAGGCCUCCAAGAGAAGCACCCACGGCGCUACUCUGCUCUGCUUUCAGCUCAGGCACAGCACAAACAUAACUAGAGAGCCAAGAUAGAUCCUUGUCCAGCCAUCUCAGCCACAGAUGGUUGGAAUAAUGGUGAGCGCUUCUACCGGGGUGAUGAAUUCUCUCCUUGGUAAGCUGGCCACCCUGAUGGGGGACGAGUUCGCCAAGCUAAAGAACCUGAGGAAGGAGGUUAAGUACAUCAGCGAUGAGCUGAGCAGCAUGAAGGAUGCUCUAGAGAGCCUUGCAGAUUUGGAUGAGCUGGAUAUACAGACUGCAAGGUGGAGGGACGUGGUCAGGGAGAUGUCUUAUGACAUUGAGGAUAUUAUCGAUGACUUCAUGUCCAAAAUUGGUGAGAAGAGGAAAAAAUCUGGGUUUGUCCAUGACACCAUUCAACGCCUUAGAACUUCAAGGGCCCGCCAUCAGAUUGCUGGCCAGAUUGAGGACAUCAAGAAACUUGUGCGUGAAACAAGUGAACGGCGUGACAGAUACAAGGUCGAUGUCCCCACAUCACAUAAUGUGGCUGUUGACCAACGGGUUGUCGCACUCUAUGAGAAUGCAGCUAAACUUGUUGGCAUGGAGGGCCCAACCAAUGAGGUUGUCAGUUGGCUAAAAGAUGAGGAUAAGCAGUUGAAGGUUGUAUCAAUUGUAGGUUUUGGAAGUUUGGGUAAAACAACACUCGCCAAUGAGGUAUACCAUAAGCUGAAGGCGGAAUUUCAUUGUAGUGCAUUUGUGCCGGUGUCUCAAAAGCCCAACAUUCCAAAACUUCUGAAUAGUUUAUUAACCCAACUUGGGUGUGGACAACCUUUUCAUGAUUGUGAAUUAAAUGUUCUUCUCGACCAACUCAGAGAAAACCUGAAAAACAAGAGGUACUUGGUUAUCAUCGAUGAUCUAUGGGAUGUAUCAGCAUGGAAUAUUAUUAAAUGUGUUUUCCCAGAAAAUAAUCUUGGUAGUAGAUUAAUAGUAACUACAAGAAUCAAGGCUUUGGCUGAGGCAUGUUGUUUCGGUCACCAUGAGCACAUUCUUGAAAUGAAACCUCUUAGUGAAGAAGAAUCAAGAAAAUUGUUUUUUGGUAGGAUAUCUGGCUCUGAAGAAGCUUGUUCAGGUCAACUCAGAGAUGUUUCAGUUCAGAUUCUCAAGAAGUGUGGUGGUUUGCCGCUUGCAAUCAUUAGCAUAUCCGGCCUAUUAGCAAGUGAAAGUUCCAACCAAAAGGAGAAGUGGAAAUAUGUACUGAAUUCGUUGGGGUCAGUGUCGGGCACAAAUCUCACCUUGGAAGCAAUGAGACAGAUCUUGAACCUUAGUUACAAAAAUCUUCCUCACCACCUCAAGACGUGCUUCUUGUAUCUUGGGAAGGAAGUGGACGUCGAUUCUUUUCUACGGAGCAACAAGAUGACAUACAUACACGGAAGGAAAAUGGAUAGCCGCAUUUCCUUCCGGUCCGGAAUAUCGAGUUAUCAGUUUGCUUUGUGCUACUAGUUAUCUUGUCGAACUGUUUGUUUCUCCUUUGUCUCCAAGGUGAUACACGAUCACGUACGCCUUGGGUUUUCUCCUGUAAUAAAGCUUGAUGGUGGGCAGGAGUAGCACUUGUUCCCCACUCCUUCCUCACUAGCGAGGGAUUAUAUAUGUUGUUGUUAUUGUUGGAUGCAUGUAUACAUUUGCUUCCUGCAUCGAACCGAUUGUACCUUAUCAGUAUUCAACUGAAUAUUCACUCCUUGCACUGUUUGCAUUUCUGAAA